CAUCUGUCUCACUGUUCUAUCUGUGGUACUGUCUUUGCUACCCCCGUAACCAUUUUCUAGAAUUAACGUGCAGAUAGUCAUAAAAUACGAAAUUCGGUACAUUUUCACGAGGAAGUAUUGCGAAAAAUGAGUGGAAUUCCAGGCACCGCUGUCAUUCAAAUCACCAAUCUGUCGUCUGCCGUGAGUAGUGAGCAGAUGCGCACUCUCUUCGGCUUUCUUGGGGACGUCGAGGAGUUACGGCUUUACCCUCCGGAGUAAGUGCUAUCAAUUCGGCGUGCCUAAUAAAGAAACACCCGGGAUCAAGGGCCUACUCCGCACGUUUACCAUUGGUGUAGCUAGCUACUGGAGUUUACUUCAUGUAGAUAGAUAGGCAUGUAUAACUAACGUUGACUUGUAAACUGCGUUCAUGCAACAUCCAUUACAUUUCUAAUACAUGUCUGUGUUCUCUUGCAGUAAUGCACCACUCCCCUUCUCGUCCAAAGUAUGUUACAUAAAGUAUCGAGAGCCUUCCAGUGUUGGCGUGGCGCAACAUUUAACCAACACUGUAUUUAUUGACAGAGCUUUGAUAGUAGUCCCAUGUGCAGAAGGUGAGUAUGCCCAAGUUCAUUCAAGUGAUGUUGUUGACAUAAUUACAUUUACAUUUUAGUCAUUUAGCAGACGCUCUUAUCCAGAGCGACUUAGAUUUUUAGUGAAUACAUACAUUUUCAUAACGAGUGUUAUGUGUAGUCAACACACUUCCUGUGAAAUCGUGUUGUCUAGUGGUUGGUGAAAGCGCUGAAAUUCUAACGUUAGUAUCCUACAUUCAAGUGUUUCUCUCCAGUGUUUUGCUGUGUUGGUUUCCAUUAGGAAUACACAUGAACACAUGCGCUUCCACACUCACGCGGUAUCCAAGAUGGCCUAAUCCAUAUUGAGCACACAAUUUAUCCUAUGCACCUGUCACAACUAGCUAGAUAUAAGCAUUGUGUUUUGUCAUGGGGCUUUACACAGUAUGAAAAUAACAUGAUCAUUCGCACGCACCAUGGAAGGCACAUUGUAGUAGCAGGAGCAGACAUCUUAGCAUAACAUCAGACUAGUACCAUCUCACUGUAUUCAAUGACAGUUUAUGCUGGUCUGGCAAUGUAUCAUCCAUAUUCUUGCGAAAUAAAACUUCACUCAGAUUCUGAUGUUAAUGACAUAGGCUGAAGUGAUUGUUAUGGGUAUAAUGCUUAGUGAUAUGGAGGUGAUUUCAAGGAUAUGGUAGAAUAACAUACUAAAUAAUUAACAACCUCUUUUCUCUCUUUUUAUUUUGUUUGAAUUUUUUGUUGUUGCUUGAUCUCCCUUUCUUCUAGAACCUUCUCUUUUUCCGUUAUUUAGCUUCUCAGAAAAACAAACAAAAGUGGUCUCACCUUAUCUAACCGAUUCUCUCACUUGAAAUGCUUUUUUGUCCACGUUAACUUAGUGCUGGAUAGCUACUGAGUUUAUUAAUUUGGUUUUGUAUGUUUUUUCUGUGUGAUUAUGUGUGCAUAUCAGAUGACUAGACUGGCCCAGCUGUUACACUACACUAGCCUGAGUCAGGCAUUGUUUUCCAAGCCACUAUCCCCGCUGGGGCCACCGCUGCCUUCAAGGGGGGAAUGUGACCAAGGAGAAUAAGCCUGCUGAACCUUCCAAGAUGGACACCUUGUCUCUCUAUCUUUUUUUUCUUUCUUUUUUUUUGGUUGGUUUCUUUUAGUUUUUACUUUCACAUGUUGUCCCUUGCCUUGUCUGCUCCCUCUCUAGACUCUAGCUACACUAUUGAAUUAUUCCUAGCAUAUUGUUUUUCCGUUUAUUAUUUUUGGUUUGUUUUCUUUUUUUCUCUCUCUCUCUCUCUCUCUCUCUCUCUCUCUCUCUCUCUCUCUCUCUCUCUCUCUCUCUCUCUCUCUCUCUCUCUCUCUCUCUCUCUCUCUCCACAGUGUGUGAUUAAGUUCUGUUCAGGUUGCCAUGGCACCCAGGUGGAAUGUGUAUCACACAUGGGCUGCCAUGAAGAUGACUAACACAUUUUACUUUCUUUGUCUCCUGCUCUUGAUCUACGGUUAGGAUUUCAAAUAUAGGGCUAAUCUAAACCUUAAACUCACUAGGAGAAAGUAUCAUUUAACUUAUAAUAAGUAGUAGAAUAGAAUAAGUAGCCUAUGCCCACAUCAAAUUAUUCCAGUCUUAAUUAUUGGAGGGCAAAGCACCUUUUAUUUUAUUGGUAACAUGAUGCUUAUACUGAUAGUAAAAUAAUUUGAUUACAGAUACUUUUUUUGUUGUUGCCCUUAAGCCUUUGUAUGUGUAUUUGUAUUUAUUAUGGAUCCCCAUUAGCUGCUGCCAAGGCAGCAGCUACUCUUCCUGGGUCCAUCAAAAUUAAGGCAGUAAAUUAUCGUAAUUGUUUAUUUUCUUCUCUAAAACAAAGCCACUAGAUGAAUUGAAAGACCCACUGCGCCCUUCCCCUUUUCCAUUCAGGAACGGCAGAUUGAACCAGUAAAAAGAAAGUGAAAGAUUUCGAAUCCGUUGUUUUUAGGCUAUAAGUUUUGGUUACAUUUGGGAAUUUCUCAAGAUUCUUAAAAAAUGUUCUUCUUUUCUGUAUCUGAUGUUCUGUGUGCUAUUAGUGAUGCAGCCAUCAUGAACGGUUGUCUUGUGUUGCACUCCUUUCCAACACUGCGAAACGAUCGCCCUACGGGAAAAGCGCCCAUGCUUGCUAUCGUAUGGUUCAUGACCAAUAUGUUUCCAGUACAGGUGACCCAUACCUCAAAGUGUUCUCUGCAUUAUUUUUUGAAUCUAUGAAAAAAAGAGGACAAAAAUCAGGAUUUUCCUUUCGUUUGUGAGGAAGAAGUCAUGUUAACGUUUUUGUCUGUUCAUAGCCUGAAUGCUAAAUGACUGACUUAUUACAGUACAUUUUACAAGUAGAGGGAAAUCACACUGAGGAUGCUCAACCUUUUUUAACAUCGGCUCUGUUAGACUCCUCAGUAACCAGCCAAUAGAGCUAGGUCUAUGUAUGAAGAAGGAUUAUGUUCUCUCUCUCUCUAGAAUACUGGGGCUAUAACACUGCAGUCAUAGAGGACGCAGAAGGGGUGUGUCCUGCCACGACCUGCUCUAACUCCUCCCCUUGUCCCACAGGGAAGAUCCCAGAAGAAGCCAAGGCCUUGUCUCUCUUGGCGCCUGCUGCCCCCCUUGCUGUUCCUGCUGUACCCAGCCUGAUGCCAGGCGCCGGCCUGCUGCCCCUUCCCACCCCGGCCCCCAUACAGACUGUGAGUUUGGGGUUAAUAGACCAUACCAGGGCGCUCAAUUUCCGGUCCACGGACCGACUUUGGUCUCUGGGAUGUUGCUGACCGGUCCCACAGAAUAGUUGUGACACAUAUUUAGUCAGUUCUCAAGUGUUAGUUUUAAUGUAAGUAGUCUUCCAAGGAGUUCCAUAGCUUGCCAGGCCUCUGGUACAAAAGAGAUUGAGAAACACUGUGCUAUACAACUAUUGAUCAGUAGGGGGUGCAUUGCUUUACCAUAGACCAAUUUACUAAGCUCUACAGCACCUGUGCAACAUUUGGGCCUUUUAUUUUCAGAAGUGAACAAAUGGCAAUCAAACCUAAAGAUAUCUUGAAACCGUGUUUAUGUGCGGUACAUCUUACCUGAAAAUCUCUCUUAAUCUUUAUUCCACCUUUCCAUCUGCCUAGUAAACCUUGCUCUAUCUGUUUUUGUAACUGCAGCCGCUGAGUGUCCCCAUAGUGAGCCUGGCGGCAUUGCCGGCUGCCCUGGACCCUUCAGUGUCGGCCCUGGCUGUGACUGGAGCAGGUGGGGUGUCGUCCUCCGCCCAGCCCCCCCUCAUGGGGAACGUGGAUCCCUCCAAGGUGAACGAGAUAAGGAGGACUGUCUACGUCGGCAACCUCAACUCGCAGGUAACAGGGACCCAAAGAGUAACUGAAGUUCUGUGACAGCUAUUCACAUUUUCAUAUGUAUUUCCCAUUGACAUGAAUGCACCAUUUAAGCUCAAAAGUCAAGUAAGGGUUUGGCACUUGGAAGAAGCUCUUUUUGUGUUGUUUUUUUUUAUAGUUGAAAGGUUAUCAUUUGUCAUAGGAUGAUGCCAUAAUCUUAUGACACUUACAGAUGUAGGAUCUUCAUUUGAGGCAGUUUGCUACAGUAGGAAAAUAAUCCUGCUGCAACAGGGAAUGUGAAUUAUUAUGUGGAUUUUAAUUCAUGGAUAUUUUUUGUAGGGAUUGAUACAUUUUACUUUAGGGCAAAUCAAGUCCGAAAUUGUUAAAGCUUUAGAAGCCUUUUUUAACGUUGAAUACACUACAAAUUCUCAUCAACAAAGGGUGAUCAAAUUAAAGAUCCGACAUCUGUAUCUUAUUACAUUAAUGUUAAAAUGUGCUCUCUUCUCCCUCCAUAGACCACUACUGCAGAGCAGCUGCUGGAAUUCUUUAAGCAGGUGGGCGAUGUCAAGUUUGUGCGCAUGGCGGGGGACGAGACGCAGCCCACACGCUUCGCCUUUGUGGAGUUUGCCGACCAGGAUUCGGUGUCCAGAGCGCUGACCUUUAACGGAGUCAUGUUCGGGGACAGACCCUUGAAGUACGUCUCAUAAAGUUUUUGUAUGUUGUGUAUCUCGUCUCAAAAUAGUAUUAAUGGGGAUACACCUAUGUGUUACCCUGUACACUGUUAUUGUGGAAUAUUGGUUGUGAUGAUUGUGCUUCUCUCCAACUUCAAGUUAAAUGAACAGUUGACAUUCUCUGUGGUAAUACUAACGCACAUUGCUCAAUACUGUGCUGUCUUUGCAAUCGACAAACGUAACAAUUUAGUCUUAUGCCUCUUAAGUGAAUUGUUUUCCAUGUCUGUGAUUUGCCUUUCUGUGUUGUGACUUGAUGCUCACUAAGUUGCGUUAAUGUUAUAUAACAUUGUGUUUUGGUCAGGAUUAAUCAUUCCAACAAUGCCAUCGUGAAGCCCCCAGAGCUGACCCCUCAGGCUGCAGCCAAGGAGCUGGAGGACGUAAUGAAGAGGGUCAGAGAGGCCCAGUCCACCAUCGCCGCCAUCAUAGUAGAGCCAGGUUAGAGGUCAAUCACUGUCGGCUCACUGGCAUCCUCACGGGUACCCUUGUAGCUUUUUUUGUGUGAAAAUGGUUGGAUGGUAUGAAAAGAUUUUAGGUUUAUGCCCAAGCCAAACACGUCCUAAAUUUGAUUUAUUUAAAAGCACAAUUUAAAAGGACAACUCAAAGGCACAGAUUUAGUAAUUAAUACAAAUGCUCAGGCUUUACUGCAGAUGGAAAUACAGGUAUAGGAAUAGAUACAGGAGUGACGUUUCAACAUUACAUGACAUCUUCCACAGACAUAGAUUGGUCUGAUGGUAUGACUAGUCUGACCAAUCACUUCCUGUUACAGAGGAGGUGAAGAAACGCUCAUCCAGUCGCUCACGACGGUCCAGGAGAUCCAGAACACGGUCACGAUCGCAUUCCCGCUCGAGAACGAGGAGGAAGCGGUCCCGUUCCAGGCACAGGUACGUACGCUACGUGAUUGACGAAUUCCUCUCACAGGCAAAUAAAGUGAACUUGAUUUGGUCAAAUAAUAUAAAUUCUCCCCUUUCUUGCUUUCUCGUCUACAGAAGCAGGCUCUCUCAGAGGUCGCGGCCCAAGGUCAGCGAGUCCCACGUCUCUCGGGGCAUCCACAAGAGACUUUCGCGCUCCAGAUCACGGUAGAACUACUACUGUUGGGUUCCCCAACUAUUUUACAUUGAGAUAAGCCUGAAGGCUUUUGUAAAUAAAAUACAUCUUUGAGGAAAUCUUUAGUCAUGAUGAUGGCAUUCAUUCAAGCCAAAAUGUGUAUAGUUUAUAUUAUUUUGUUAGUCUGCAUAGCACCUUAAAGGGCGUGCAUUCUUUGAUUCUUUAGCUUUAAGCCACGAUCCAACAUUUGGUAAAUACUGUGUUUUAGCAGCAGUGCCAGUAUGAUGUUGAGUUUACUCAUUGAAUCACUAGGCUCUAGUCUCUCUGUCAUGGAUUGUACCAGCUUGUAGAACAAAGGCAUCUAGGAAAGGAGGGAGUGACACACUUUCUGGUGUACUGCAGGGACAGGCGGAAAGAGAGGGAGCAGAGAACUAGAGGAAAGGAGGAUGUCUCUCGGAUUAUAGAGCAUAGGCAGAAGGAGAAAAAGGACAAAACACCUCCAAAAAGCUACAGUGCGUCCCGAAGGUCCAUGAGCACGAGCAGGUCAGUAGAACACCAUACUAUACAUGCUUCCAGUUUAUUAGGUACACCACCCCUUUCACAAAAAUGGUUCGCUCCUACAGACAGUGAGUCUUGUGGCUUGCUAUUUAAAGCAGGCAGACGGGCAUUGAGGCAUUUUUACUGUUCGAUUGAACAUUAGAAUGGGCAAAACAAGUGACCUAAGUGACUUUGAGCGUGGGAUGAUCAUCGGUGCCUGGCGCGCCGGUUCCAGUAUCUUAGAAACGGCCGGCCUCCUGAGCUUUUCACGUACUCCAGUGAGUACGUUUAUAUGUACACUAAUAAUUCGAUAUUAAACUGAUUAUGGCAGUAGGCAGAUUAUGCUAUAGUCAUGUAAACACUUUACUCUGCUUAUCUUAAUCGGCGUUAAGGUCAAAAUCGAAGUAAGCAUUCGCCGAUUAAAACAUCUGGUUUUCUGACCAUUCUUUCUAAUGAUUAGGACAUGUAAACACGUUAAUCGGCGUUCCAGCUGUGUAUUUGAUCUGUGCAUGUGCUAGCACCAGCUGAGCCUCCCUCUUUAGCGCGAGUGAAGUGUGUUCGGAAAAACUAAAUGUCUGUCUUAGAAGUUGUUUUCACAUACAAACUUUAUAUGUUCGAACUCAGAAUCAAAUAUCCUUCCCAAUAAUAACAUGUUCACUGUGGUAGAACGUUUGUUUUGCUUGGUGAUUUUCUGCAUUUAUCAGAGUGCUAUCAGGUAGCCUGGUUUCAGAUGUGUCCAUGUAAACAGAAUUAUUAGGUAAAUCGUUCUUCUUGCAAAGCAUGUAAACGUUUUAAUCGAACUAUUAUAUUAAUCUGACUGUCCAUAAUAAUCGCAUUAUUGUGUGCAUGUAACCGCACUCAGUGUCUAGGGUUUACCGAGAAUGAUUCGACAAACAAAAAACAUCCAGUCAGCGGCAGUCCAGCUCGUUGAUGAGAGGUCGAAGGAGAAUGGCAAGAAUUGUGCAAGCUAACAGGUGGGCCACAAACAGGCAAAUAACGGCGCAGUACAACAGUGGUGUGCAGAACGUCAUCUUGGAAAGCAUAACUCAUCAGUCCUUGUCACGGAUGGGCUAUUGCAGCAGACCACACCGGGUUCCACUCCUAUGAGCUAUGGGCACGCGAUCACCAACAACAUUGGACAAUUGAGGAGUGGAAAAACAUUGCCUGGUCUGACUAAUCCUGGUUCCUGUUGCGUCAUGCUGAUGGCAGAGUCAGGAUUUGGCGUAAGCAGCAUGAGUCCAUGGCUCCAUCCUGCCUGGUAUCAACGGUACAGGCUGGUGGUGGUGGUGUACUGGUGGGGGAAUGUUUUUCUGGCACACGUUAGGUCCUUUGAUACCAAUUGAGCAACAUUUCAACGCCACACCUUGUGGAAUCCAUGCCCCGAAGAAUUCAGGCUGUUCUGGAGACGUACCUAAAAAAACUGGCCAUUGAGUGUAUAUAGUAUAUCUAGCUGAAUAUUUUCUAAUUGAUUUAUAGUUAUGCACACAUCUUAAAUUGGGGUUGGGCCCGUUGAUGGAACAAAAAUACCUAUUUGUUCAGCUAACACACUAUAUAAAAUGGGGACCAAACUGAUGUACUCACAAUAAUAAAAUCCAUAGGCCUGUCUGAGAGCGCUCGAUAUUGACUAAAACGCCCAGUUAAUGAUAAGAAAUGUUGGUGUAAAUUAUUUUCAGGGGCCACAGAAGGAAGAGCAGGGAUCGCUCUAGGAGUCCCAGAAGGAAAGCCAGGUCUCCGUCACCAAAGAGGUACAGUAAAACAAUGUAGUACAACGGGACCAUUCAACACAACAAUCAGCACCACCGAACACCACCACAACCAAGCCCAUAGAGUGUGAAUCCUAACUUGAGAUACACAUGUGUAACUUAAAUCUUGCAUUAUGGUGGUCUCUGGAAGAUUCGCACAAACAAGACAUUGGAUGACAUUACUCUGUUGAUCAAUAAUGGUUGUGUUGAUGUUUACAUUUGUAGAGGGAGGAAAGACAAGAAGAGGGAGAAAGCAAGGGAUGGCAGUAGGGAAAAGAGGGAGAGGUCCAACUCCAGGAGGAAGAGCAGCAGAGAUAAAGAGAAGAUUGAGCUCAAGGCCAAACCUAUGAAGGUGAGAAGACUGAUGCUAUAGUUGCUGACUUCUGAAUCCACUCUUGACCGUAAGUGCACUUGUCAGGAGUUGACUGUAUUUGUGUCUAUUAUCGCUGUCCUUCAGGGUAAUGUUCUGCUUAUCACUGUAAUUAGCAUAAUAUCUGCACGUCACCAAGCCUGUCUCAGAAAAACACUGACCUACUUCUCACUGACUGCACUAACGAUCAAAUCUCUGUGAAACUCCACUCUUCAGAAUUGAUAACAAUCUGCAGACAGCUUACUAGGGGUUCCUCACAGUAAACUUAGUUUGGACACUUUUUUUCAACCAUGGGGGACUAGUUACAUUGAAGUAUGAAAUACCAAGAAAAAGUAUGUGGUGUGCAAUAGAAUAGUUCAGAUCAAUAGUUUGAGGUGAGGCAAACUAAAAGGUAAGGACUGAGUUUUGCAAGAGUGCUUUUAGACAUGCUUCCCCAUCAUCCUGUAACUCUUUGCAAAAGGACUUGAAACUUAAAAAUUGUAUUACAAUUGAGGAUUUGAAUCACACUAGAAUCACUGCUGGCACAGGAAUGAUCAUGUUGUUUUUACCAUGACUCAUGCUCUUUCUAUGCUCCUUUAUGACAAACGACUGCGCUGUUUUUACAUGAUAAGUAUUCAGACCUCUUGACCUUUUCCACAUUUUGUUACGUUACAGCCUUAUUCUAAAAUGUAUGAAAUUAUUUUUUCCCCUCAUUAAUCUACACACAAUACCUCCUAAUGACAAAGCGAAAACAUUUUGCUAUGAGACUUGAAUUUGAGCUCAGGUGUUUCCUGUUUCCAUUGGUCAUCCUUGAGAUGUUUUUACAACUUUGAGUCCACCUGUGGUAAAUUCAAUUGAUUGGACAUGAUUUGGAAAGGCACACACCUGUCUAUAUAAGGUCCUACAGUUGACAGUGCAUGUCAGAAGGGUACCAAAACAUUUCUGCAGCAUUGAAGGUCCCCAAGAACACAGUGGCCUCCAUCAUUCUUAAAUGGAAGACGUUUGGAACCACCAAGACUCUUCCUAGAGCUGGCCGCCCGGCCAAACUGGGCAAUCGGGGGAGAAGGGCCUUGGUCAGGUAGGUGACCAAGAACCCGAUGGUCACUGACAGAGCUCCAGAGUUCCUCUGUGGAGAUGGGAGAACCUUCCAGAAGGACAACCAUCUCUGCAGCACUCCACCAAUCAGGCCUUUAUGGUAGUGGCCAGACGGAAGCCACUCCUCGGUAAAAGGCACAUGACAGCCCACUUGGAGUUUGCCAAAAGCAUCUGAAGGACUAUGACCAUGAGAAACAAGAUUUAUUGUCUGUUGAAACCAAGAUUGAACUCUUUGGCCUGAAUGCCAAGCAUCAUAUCUGGAGGAAACCUGGCAGCAUCAUGCUGUGGGGAUGUUUUUCAAUGGCAGGGACUGGGAGACUAGUCAGGAUCGAGGGAAAGAUGAACGGAGCAAAGUACAGAGAGAUCCUUGAUGAAAACCUACUCCAGAGCACUCAGGACCUCAGACUGGGGCGAAGGUUCAACUUCCAACAGGACAACGACCCUAAGCACACAGCCAAGACAACGCAGGAGUGGCUUCGGGACAAGUCUCUGAAUGUCCUUGAGUGGCCCAGCCAGAGCCCGGACUUGAACCCGAUCAAACAUCUCUGGAGAGACUUGAAAAUAGCUGUGCAGCGACGCUCCCCAUCCAGCCUGACAGAGCAUGAGAGGAUCUGUGAGAGGUGUACCAAGCUUGUGGCGUCAUACCCAAGAGGACUCAAGGCUGUAAUUGCUGCCAACGGUGCUAAAACAAAGUACUGAGUAAAGGGUCUGAAUACUUAUGUAAAGGUGAUAUUUCCGUUUUGUAUUUGUAAUACAUUUGCUAUAAUUUCAAAAAAUCUGUUUUUGCUUCGUCAUUAAGGGGUGUUGUGUGUAGAUUGAGGGAAAGUAACAAUUUAAUCAAUUUUAGAAUAAGGCAGUAACGAAACAAUGUGGAAAAAGUCAAGGGGUCUGAAUACUUUACACAUUUUUUUGUGUGUAUUAUGUUGUGUAACUAAAUGUACUGUUUUCUUGGCCAGGGCGCACUUGAAAAAUAGAUAUCAAUCUCAAUGUGACUUCCCUGGUUAAAUAAAGGAUAAUGUGACUUCCCUGGUUAAAUAAAGGAUACAUUAAAGUACAGUCACAUGUGGUCCUGUAGUCAGUAACCUUAGGUCUCAAAUGUUUUCACUGUGGCCCUAGUGUUUUCUGUUUUUCCACCUAGUAAAGUAAGGCCUGCUCUAAUUGAAACUAGUUUAAUUUCAAACAUCAUCCUUUGAUCAGGUGGAAAGGGACUACGACAGGGAGAAGGACUACCAGAGUGACAGGGAGGGGUCGGCCACACCCAGCGAGGGCGUGACAUCACCCUGCGUCCAUCACAAUGGCAGCUACAACACAAACACAGAGGAUGACGCGGCCUCGCUCGCCGACAGCACUGAGUGAUGGGUGUGAAACCAGGCAAAACCAUGGGAACGAGAAAGUCCACUAUAUAUCCAGCUCCUGUGAUCUUUACCUUGGUAUUACAUACACACACCCCUUCCUGUUCCCCAGGCUGGCACAAGUGUGCCAAAAAACCAAUAGAUCCUACCUGAUUAUUUUCCUGGUUCCAGUUUCUUGGUGUGUAUUUAGUGUUAGACUAUAUAAGAGAAUGCUGACCCGCUAUUCCCAUUGCUGUGAAUCUGUUGUCACAUGAUAUUCAUAUUGAAAAUAGACCUUAACGUGCACAGCUUGUUUUUAUAGAAGUGGAGAAUGUGUGCUUUCCCCCAGUAAGAACUGUGUUGAACAUAACAUGCUUGUGGUUUAUUUCCUGUUUCUUGGUUAUGUUGGUGUUUGUGCUAUCGUGCAACACUUAAUCUAUUUUGGUUACUACUAGAUGCAAGGUCUCUGUUUGUGCACAAUAUCUUAGUUUGCACCCAAUGUCAAAAAUGCGGUUAUUUUAAAAUUCUUACAAAAUCAAUAUUUCUAUAAAGUAAUAUUAUGUGGAAGAUCUUAUAAUGCAAGGUGUCUAGUGUCUGUUGGUGUUUAGAAAGGCCUUUCCCAAGGCUUCAAUCAGCUUCAUGGUUCAGCAUGCCAACCCUACAGUAUACAGAGGUUGAACUUGCUUGACACACAGGAACAAGUUAACAAAUCCCUGGCAAGCACAUACAAGUCAAAGUGCCUAGACUGAAAUUGUACAAAAAUACACUAAUAAUAAACUUUAUGAAGUUAUUGAGAUGCAAGUUGAAGACGUGAUGGUAUUCUGCUCAAGCAAUCGGGAAAAGUUGUUAGAUAUGAGUGGUGUUUUCUUGGAUACAAACAGCAAGCGUAAUGUUCAUAAAGUCUCAGUUUUCCCAACCCUAAUUAAGUUAUAUUUGUAGUUUUGGUGGUGAUGGAUUCCAGUGUUUUGUGUGAACCCAGUGGCCAUGGGGAACCCUGCAGUACAAUUUGGCUCCAGUUUAUCAACAGUAUUUUCUUUUGAACCAGAGUUUUUAUCAAAGAUAUGUAUGUGUUGCAGUGUGUAUGUAGUACAAGUUGACUCAGGAGUGAGUGAACAUGGUUUUCUCUUCAGCCAAAUGGUGUUUACGUAUACAGUGUCUAUGCUUCGGAUUGAAGGACCUAUCUUUUGCAGAGUUAAGAGAUACAUAAGGCAUUGGUCUGAGGUGUUUUAUCAUUUAAAUGGUCUUAAUGUAGGGUAAAAACAAAAAAACUCCACAACAUUCAUGACUGACAUCCGAAAGGAUUGUGUAAAGAAUUUAUUUUUUAUAUU